ACUGCCAUCUGUUGACGGGGACGAGAACGUGUGUCGGGAGCCACGUCAUUUGCUCUGAUACUGACUUUGUCUGCCUCACUCCAGCCAAAAUGAACAUUUUUAGGUUGGCAGGGGACAUUUCCCACCUCUUGGCAAUUAUUAUAUUGCUCCUGAAGAUCUGGUCGAGUCGAUCAUGUGCAGGUAUCUCUGGAAAGUCUCAGAUGAUGUUCGCUCUCACAUACACUACGAGAUACCUGGAUCUCUUCACCAACUACAUUUCCCUUUACAAUUCCUCCAUGAAGGUGAUCUUCUUGGCAGCUUCAUAUGCUACUCUGUAUCUUAUAUACAUUCGCUUUAAGGCAACUUAUGACCACAACCAUGAUACCUUCCGUGUAGAGUUUCUGCUGAUUCCAACAGUCAUACUUUCUCUCCUCAUCAACCAUGAUUACUCUCCCCUCGAGAUCUUGUGGACUUUCAGCAUUUACUUAGAAGCCGUAGCCAUCUUGCCACAGUUGUUUAUGGUGUCAAAGACUGGUGAAGCGGAGAGCAUCACAUCCCACUAUUUGUUUGCUCUGGGUUCAUACCGGGCCCUCUACAUUUUCAACUGGGUUUACCGCUACUAUGCCGAAGGCUUCUAUGAUCUGAUCGCCAUUGUGGCAGGAGUUGUGCAAACAGUUCUCUAUUGUGACUUCUUCUAUCUCUACAUCACCAAAGUGCUGCAAGGCAAGAAGCUCCAGUUACCAGCCUAAAGCAGCUCCGGAAUGCUUUUCUUGGUGUUGCCUCACCCCUUUGAAUACCGAGCUGUCAACGGUGUUACACAAACCAUGGAUUUAGUAGGGCGACAUUUGUUCUUUAGUUAAUUUGGAACUUUUUAUAUAUUUCUUUAAUAGAAAUGAUAGCUCUUGUAAUGAAGCUAAACAAAGAUGAGCUGAUUGGUCUGUGUCAAAACUCACAAAAUAAUAGAUUUUUAAUGAGAAUGUGGAAUGCAAAUUAUAUACUUUGGUUAUAGAAAUUAUAUGAAAAACCUUGUAAACGAAAAAAAUUAAUAAAAAAUCUCAUUUUAUCGAUGGAUAUUAUAAUUUGAGAAGUAAUAGCAGACAACGUAAAGGAUAUGAGCGCUAACAAUUUAUCAAAAACAUCCGCUUGUAAUAGUGUUGGUCUAAUUCAUUUGGUUUAUGUGAAUCUUUGGUUGUACUUGUUUAUUACAUUUCACUAUUUAAGUAAAAAUUUUAUAUCGGCACAUGUUGGAAUGAUUUUGACGUGAUGCUUUGAGGUAGCAAACUGUGUGGCAAGUGCUCAAGAUUUGAUAGCACAGACGGCUGCACAAAAUCAUCUGAGAACUGUACAAGUGAACAUCUAGCAUUGAUGACAGUGAAGUGACCCUAUGAGUAAGCUCGCACAAGAGUAAUAUUGUAAAGAUGUCACUCUUUGAUUCGGUGAAUAUUAGUGGAAGCUAAUGGUUAACAGUACUGUAAUUUCAAAAUAUUUGUUUUUGUAAAUGAAUACAUCUUAGAAUCAUAAGCACCAUUAUUUCAGUGACCAGUAUGUCAAGUGAAAUAUGCAAGCAUUGUAGGAAUAGUAUACAUUAGUGUAUCAUUUCUCAAGCUUAUGGAAAAAUUUGUUGUAAUUAGGUUACUCUCAUGAUUUUCAUCUAUCAUAUUUUGAGUGAAUGUGAUAUUGGUUAACAUUUGUGACAAGAUGUUUAACUUAGUUCCAGCUACAGUAUUCUGUAUUAAGUGAAAGCACAUAACACACAGUGUAAAGUGCUGCAUAUAAAUGUGUGUACAUCUUGUUACAAAUAAGUAAUGAUGAUUGCGACUUUGAGCAUUAAUUCUGUUAAGGACCAUUAUUUUGCGCAGCAAGACAGAUUGAUGUCCUGUUCUUGAGGACGAGGAAGACUUCCAGUAUGCACUUUUCAUAUUCAGUUAGCUUUUACUAAGUUAAGCAGUAGACAUAGCUAUGUAUUGUACAGUAUAAAUGCCUCUUUAUACCUUUGUUGUUUGUACUCCAGUGAUGGAGAACAAUGUGAUGGAAGGGAAAAUAAAUACUUUUUUCUGGGUAUAUAGUAAAGGAUAUCUUGGAUUUAUUUAAUUGUAAGAAGUACUAAAGUUUUCCAAAUAGAACCGGAAGUUCAGUAAAACAUUUGAAAUUUUACUAAUGGCAUACUUGAAAGGAUUAAUUGAUUUUUAUAUGUAGAUUUCCUUUACUACAAUAUUAUCCCUGAAAACCUCCAUUGCUUUCCAGUUCUAUACAAAAGGUUAAGUAAAUUUUGACAACAAGCAGUCUCUUCAGAAGUUACUGAAAUAAACGGUCAUUGUGGUGAUCAAUAAAGUUUGUAUAAUAUGA